AUGUUCAUUGGAAUCUGCGGCAGCAUAUGCGCAGGCAAGCGUACCAUUGCGCGCUAUCUGGUUGACCACCAUGGCUUCACCCAGCUCUACCUGGGCCCCGGUUCGGGUGGAGAAGCCAAUGUCGUCGACGGGGUUGCUUCCCCGAGCAGCAGCAGCUUGAGCAGCGUCUCAUCAGACCUCCAGGACAGCUUCCCCACGCCAGAUGACCUCCUCGAGUUCGUCACCAAGCACUGGCGCAUGCGCUGGGUGACCACCGACAUCCCGUCCGAAGCCGUCCUCGACAUGUACACCCGCCGUCCCUUCUUCCUCCUCAUCAGCGUCGACGCGCCCCUAACCGUGCGCUGGCGGCGCUACCAAGCCCGCCAAAAACACCUCCUCAUCCAACCCUACUCCAACUCAACACCUUCGUUCCCAUCCGGCAACAGCGCACCGCCAGUAGAAACCCUCGAGGCCUUCGUCGCCCUCUCCGACGCACACCUCUACGACCCCACCACAGGCGCCAACCCGCUCAUCUCGCGCGCGACCGUCCGUCUGCUCAACACGUCCUCCUCGCUAGCCCACCUGUACGCGACCCUCGGCAAGCUAGACCUGCUCAACCCGGACCGCCUGCGGCCCUCGUGGGACUCAUACUUCAUGUCGCUCGCGUCGCUCGCCGCGCAGCGCAGCAACUGCAUGAAGCGGCGCGUGGGCUGCGUCGUGGUGCGCGACAAGCGCGUCAUCUCGACGGGCUACAACGGCACGCCCCGCGGCUUACAGAACUGCGGCGAGGGUGGGUGCGGCCGGUGCAACGCCGGCCACGGGUCUGGACACGGGCUGGCGACGUGCCUGUGCAUCCACGCCGAGGAGAACGCGCUGCUGGAGGCAGGGCGGGAGAGGCUGCGGGAGGGCGCGGUGCUGUACUGCGAUACGUGUCCGUGCCUGACAUGCAGUAUCAAAAUUGUGCAGGUCGGGAUUGGCGAGGUGGUGUACAGUCAGGGGUAUAGCAUGGAUGGAGAGACGGCGGCGGUGUUUAGGGAGGCUGGUGUGAAGUUGAGGCAGUUUGUGCCACCUGCCAAUGGUUUGAUCCACCUUGAGAAGUCUGAAAUGUACACAUGA